AUGAGCUACUGUUCUCUGUCUCUACUCCUGGGUUCUCUGUUCAUCAUUGGGACUUCCUCUUAUCCUAAUGGUUCCUGUGAUGGCUACACGGCUCUGGAUGAGCCUCGACGUAACUAUCUCUUCAGCUCUUCCUCUAUCCCCGGCUACCCCAUCAAUACCGACAUACAGCGAACAAACAUAUGGGUGCGCUACGUCGGGAUCGGAGGGGACACCGUCAUUCCACAAUGUGCUCCACUCUCUUACAGCGGGGUAUAUUAUCCCAUCCAUCUGACCUUUACACAUCCUCAGUCUGAGUCUGAGACUCCAACUACGGGCAACGCGUGUGGAAACACAGGUUCCUGCUGUAAUUACAAUGUAGCUAUUCAAGUGAUCUACUGCUCUUCUGGAGGAUUCUAUGUGUACAGGCAGAUGAACAACCACCCAAUCGACUACAUGGGUUAUGUGACAUACCAUAGGAACUGUGUGGUAGACUCCUGCGGUCCCCUUGCAGAGUGUAGUACAACCAAAAAUGGAGGCUGUCAAUGUGUCUCUGGAUACAAGAUACCUCCAAAACAUCUACCCACAAACGAAUCCUACGGUUGCCAAGAUAUCAAUGAGUGUGAGGAGACCGCUAAUCUCUGCGGUCCACAUUCCAACUGUACUAAUUCACCAGGAGUCUACAACUGUAGCUGUCUAGAGGGGUUUGUACCCUCAGACCCAGCCUUGGCACUCAACCCGACCCGCAACCCCUGCACAGAUGUGAAUGAGUGUGUGGAGAUUGAGAAGGUUUGUGGUGGUUUUGGUAAAUGUACAAACACACCAGGAAAUUACACCUGCACCUGUUACAAUGGAUACAAGCCUGACGGACCCUUCGACUGCCAAGAUAUUGACGAGUGUUUCAACUCAACCAUCUGUGGUCAGGAGUCUGUCUGUAUCAACACACCAGGAGCCCACAACUGUACCUGUCUCCCAGGCUUCUCACCCACAAACCCAGUCCUAGACCCCAGCAAGGCCAACCCCUGUAUAGACAUUGAUGAGUGUCUGAACAAAACCGUGUGUGGUCCCGAUGCCAACUGUACCAACUCUUAUGCAGCACACAGCUGUACCUGCCUCUUCGGUUACCUGCUCACCAACCCAGAUGCCAUAGCCAGCCCCUUAAACCCAUGCCUAGACAUAGAUGAGUGUGCUAACACCCCUGGUCUAUGUGGUCUCCACUCUGUGUGUACCAAUGCACCAGGCACCUUCCACUGUUCCUGUGUGGAAGGAUACUUCUCCUCCACUGGAGUACUGUGGGAAACUGACGUCACUGUGUGUGAAAGUGUUGAUGAUGUUCUAGCCGCCAUAGUUCCCCCAGAGGGCCAGUCUAAGGAGAUGUACUUCCUCAACCAGAUGAACCAACAACUGAUGGAGAACCCUGACAUAGUCCUACCAGAGGGGUUUCAACUGAUCCUCAAUCAACACUCUUACUCUGAGACGCUUGAGACAAACAGCCUCUGA